AAUAGAAAUACACAUUCACAUGGAGAUUUAAUUAUUCAAUUUGAUGUUAAAUUUCCAGAUGAAAAUUUUCAUUUAACUGAAAAUCAAUCGAAACAAUUACAAUCUAUUCUUCCAUCGAAGAAACAAAUUAAAUUGAAUAGUAACGAACUUUCUGAAUCAGUUCAAAUGACAAAAUAUGAUAUUACAGAAGAGAACUUUCAAAAUGAUCAUCAAGAUAAUACAGAAGAAGAUGAUGAAGAUGAUGAUGCUCAUCAACAAUCUCAAGGUAUUCCAUGUCGUACUCAAUAA